AGGAGUGGGACCAAUCCUGUGGGCUGCACCCAGACCUGCAGGUAGGGGGUGUUGCUGCCCCUCCUGCAAAGACAGACCCUGUAGCCCAGGAAAAGGCCGAAAAGGAAGUCAAGUUCCUUCCCUCUUAUUUAAUUCUGCUGAGACACCAAACUUGUGGGUUUGUGGUUGCAAAACAACUCCCUAUUUCAUAAGGCUGAGAAGAAGCCAUUUCACCAUCAAGUGACCUGAUCUAAGAAAGAGAAACAAAAAGUCCGGAUAGCCUUGCCCCCAAGGUCUGCCAGAUCCUAAGUUGUCACAGGGGCCCAGCCCUGGGCAUGUGACUGGACAUUGUGGUUCCAGUUCAACCAUCCCAGCCCUGCAGUCGUGCUGCAGAAACCCAAGCCGUGGGACAGAAGGCAGCUUGUGACAACGAGUUUGUAUCAGGGGCCACAAGAAGCCACGCAGCUGCUCGGUGCCUCUGGCCAACGCUUUGCUCUGAAGAAGCCCUGCCUGAGCCGAAUACAGAGGGAGGCAAGAGGGACGUGAUGCUGCCUGUGACCCGUGUGCUGGCCUUGGGCGCUUGGCUGGUGUCACAGGGCGAGGCUACACCGAGUGCCCCCACAAUCUCCAUCUUCCUGAAGCCACCUGGGGUGAUCCCACCUGGAGGCUCCACCACCAUCUGCUGCAUUUGCCAGUGCAGCUAUGGGACCUUUGUGCUGUACAAGGGCAGCCGCCAGCUCCACACCCUGCAGCAGAGUGGCAGCAGGGCUGAGUUCUCCAUCUCUAAUGCCACCUACAAGGACAGAGGUAGCUACAACUGCCAUUACCUGGAGGGAGACACUGUGCUGGCUCGAAGUACUGAACUGGAAGUCCUUGUGGAAGAACUCCGUCUGCCCAGACCCGACCUCUCUGUCCUGCCUGGGCACGAGGUGACUGCGGGAGCUGACGUGAUGUUCCGCUGCACGCCCACACACCCCAUCACCGGCUGUUUCCUGUACCUGGAGGGCCAGAUCCGAGCCCAGCUGCUCCCCAGGGAACGAGGUGACUACAACCUCUCCCUGGUGCAGAAAGGUGACAGCGGCCGCUACAGCUGCCAGUGCUACACCUUCAACGCUUCGAGAGAAUGGUCUGCUGUCAGCAACACCCUGGACUUUGUGGUGAGAGAUUACACGCUGUGCAACACCGUGCGCCUGGCGCUGGCGGCCGGGCUGCUGCUGCUGCUGGGGCUCAUCGCGGCUGAGGCGGCGCGGAGCCGCUGCUGCGGGGGCUGCGGGAGCCGCCCGCUCCGCCGCUUAUUGCCCUGCAGCGACCUGCGCUGGGAUGAAUAAACCGUCCCUGCCGCCAUCCCUGUCCUGGUUCCUGUCCUAGUCGCGGUUCCGGUCCCGGUCCCGGCUGCCUCGGGGGUCCCGCGGGGCGGGCGGGCGGUGAAACACCCAGGAACACGCAGGGGGUGGGCUGUGCACCCCCGGGCGGCGCG